CCACGGAGGCGCGGGAUGCUGGCGUUGCCGCUAGCCGGUCGCUUAUGGAUGACGUCAGGGUCUCCGGGAGCUGCCAGCAUGGAAGAGGCGGCGGGAGGCGGCGGCGCCGCUGCUGCUGCUGCCCUGGGACUGGCUCUCGGGGAGCUGCUGGGGGACGAAUGUUACGCUGAUUUUUUAAGAGAAGACUUCGAUGUAAAGACUUAUACUUCUCAAUCUAUUCAUCAAGCUGUGAUAGCUGAACAGUUAGCAAAACUUGCUCAAGGAAUCAGUCAACUGGAUAAAGAGCUACAUUUACAAGUAGUUGCAAGACAUGAGGACUUAUUGGCACAGGCAACUGGGAUUGGAUCUCUGGAAGGUGUCCUCCAAAUGAUGCAGACUAGAAUUGGUGCUCUACAAAGUACUGUUGACAGAAUAAGAGCUAAAAUCAUCGAUCCAUACAACAAAAUAGUGUCUCGCACAGCACAGCUAGCAAAGCUUCAGGCAGCCUGUGACUUGCUGCGGAGAAUAAUACGCAUCUUGUAUCUAAGUAAGAGACUUCAAGGACAGCUGCAAGGAGGAAGCAGAGAAAUAACAAAAGCUGCCCAGAGUCUCAAUGAACUUGAUUAUCUUUCACAAGGAAUAGACCUCUCCGGAAUAGAAGUAAUUGAAAAUGACCUGCUUUUUAUUGCAAGAGCUCGACUUGAGGUUGAAAAUCAGGCUAAACGGUUACUUGAGCAAGGGGUAGAGACUCAGAAUCCUACUCAAGUGGGAACAGCACUUCAGGUUUUCCACAAUCUUGGGACUUUGAAGGAUACCAUUUCUAAUGUAGUGGAUGGAUACUGUGCAUCUCUAGACGAGAAUAUCAAGAGUGCUUUGGAUAUCAAAGUUUUGACACAGCCGCCCCAGACAGUUACAAGAGGUGGCCCUGGCCGAGCUGUUAUGCCAACGCCAGGAAACACUGCAGCCUUCCGAGCAGCCCUCUGGACAAACAUGGAGAAACUCAUGGAUCAGAUCUGUGCAGCCUGUGCACAGGUGCAGCACUUGCAAAAAGUACUGACAAAGAAGAGAGACCCUGUUUCACAUGUCUGUUUCAUUGAGGAAAUAGUUAAGGAAGGCCAGUCAGAUAUUUUGUACACAUUUUGGACUGCAGUAACUCAGACUCUUUCCUCUCAAUUUCAGAUGGCAACAGACUCCUCUGUAUUUUUGAAGCAAGCUUUUGAAGGAGAAUAUCCUAAAUUACUGAGACUUUAUAAUGACUUGUGGAAGCGCCUACAACAAUAUAGUCAAAAUAUUCAAAGAAAUUUUAAUUCAAGUGGAAAUACAGAUCUCUUUGCUGAACUGCAACAGAUGGAAGAAGAUACACAUGACAUUUUCAUGCAAAAGAAACAGGAUUAUGAUUCAGAAAAAGCCUUGAAAGACUCAUUGCAACCUUAUGAAGCUGCUUAUUUGUCAAAGUCAUUAUCUCGACUCUUUGACCCCAUCAACCUUGUAUUUCCCCCUGGGGGUCGGAAUCCUCCUUCCACUGAUGAACUGGACAGCAUCAUUAAAACUAUAGCAAGCGAGUUAAAUGUGGCUGCUGUGGACUCAAACCUCAGUUUAGCUGUUUCAAAAAACGUGGCAAAGACCAUACAACUAUAUGGUGUAAAAUCUGAGCAGCUUCUGUCCACACAAGGAGAUGCCAGCCAAGUGAUUGGACCCCUUACAGAAGGACAGAGAAGGAAUGUGGCUGUAGUGAAUUCACUGUACAGGCUACACCAAUCAGUGCUGAAGGUAGUUUCCAGCCAGAGUUCAUUCCCAGCAGCUGCUGAACAAACUAUAGCUACAGCCUUAAAGACAAUCCAUGAUCUCAUGGGUAGUGCUGUGCAACCCUUACUGAACUCAGUAGGAGACUCAGUGGAGGCCAUUAUCAUCACUAUGCAUCAGGAAGAUUUUUCUGGAUCAUUAUCCAGCUCAGGAAAACCAGACGUCCCUUGUUCUCUGUACAUGAAAGAACUACAGGGCUUCAUAGCAAGAGUCAUGAGCGACUACUUCAGACACUUCGAGUGUUUCGACUUUGUCUUUGACAACACAGAAGCCAUUGCUCAGAGAGCAAUUGAACUUUUUAUUCGCAAUGCCAGUCUACUGAGACCCCUUGGUGAAGGUGGGAAAAUGCGACUUGCUGCUGACUUUGCACAGAUGGAGUUAGCAGUGGCCCCACUCUGCAGGCGAGUGUCUGAUCUAGGAAAGUCUUAUAGGCUGUUGAGGUCAUUCAGACCACUGCUGUUCCAGACUAGUGAGCAUAUUGCCAAUAGUCCAGCUGUGGGAGAUAUUAUUCCAUUCAGCAUUAUUCUUCAGUUCUUAUUUACAAGAUCACCACCUGAAUUAAAAUCACCAUUUCAGAGAGCAGAGUGGUCCAUUGCCCGUUAUUCCCAAUGGCUUGAUGACCAUCCAUCUGAAAAGGACAGACUUGUUCUCAUAAGAGGUGCACUGGAAGCUUAUGUUCAGUCGGUAAGAACUAGAGAAGGAAAGGAGUUCGCACCAGUCUAUCCCAUCAUGGUUCAGCUGCUGAAGAAAGCAAUGUCUACACUUCAGUAACACCAUCCAACCCCCAUGCUACUCAAAUUCUAUAUUGUUAAUUGGGCACUGACAGAUGAAUGCUUAUAGGGUUAAUAUAAAUAAUUAUUUUCAAAAGUGCUAUUAGAAAAAGCCCUGUCUAAUAAAGGUUCUAACAUCUUCUUUUUGUACUCUGUAUUCCUCAACUUUGUCUAAACAGUAGGACAUGUUUUAUUGUAAUGGAAUAAUAUAAUUUCACACAAAAUGAUUCUCAGAGAAUAUUUGCCUAAUAUUUUCUAAUAUCCUUUCUGAAUUUAAAAGUUAAAAAACAAAAAUUAGGACUUUCUCAAAUGUUCUGUAUGCUUCAGAAAAUGAAUUCUAAUACCUACGCAUUUAGCUUCUUUCCUGUAAAUAUGGCACAAAAAAGAGCGUGAUUAAAUAUUAGUGGUAUGCAGAAAGGUAGCUUUUUUUAUAAUGUUAGAAUGAAAGGGUCUAAACUUCAGUAGAGUUAGAUCAGUUUAUGUCUAACAUUCCAUGUAAAAAGCACUAUUUAUCACAAAAAACAUUUUAAUUUACAAAAUAAAGUAGAUUUGAUUCUUUGCACCAUCA